CAAAUCCUUGUUGUGGGUUAGAGGACCUGGUAGCGUCAGUUAACGCUUGGGUUUUGUUUGCUUUUCUUGUUAGGGCGCCCCUCGGCCUUCGAUUAAUAAGGCUCGGUACAACGGACAAGUGAGCGGUUCCACUGCUAGUCAGUCGAUAGGAGGAGCCGGUAGUCGUCCGACCGUACCAUUAGGCGCCUGGGCGGGAGGAGGGGUUUUGCAGGGUCGUAGGACGUCGUCGGGCACCAGGCUUGGAGAAGGACAGGAAAAUGGCGGCUUUAGGGUCCCCGGCGCGCACUUUGCGAGGACUUCUGCGGGAGUUGCGCUACCUGAGCGCGGCCACCGGCCGACCCUAUCGCGACACCGCGGCCUAUCGGUACCUUGUGAAGGCUUUCCGUGCACAUCGGGUCACCAGUGAAAAGUUGUGCAGAGCCCAACAUGAGCUUCAUUUCCAAGCUGCCACCUAUCUCUGCCUCCUGCGUAGCAUCCGGGAACAUGUGGCCCUACAUCAGGAAUUUCAUGGCAAGGGUGAGCGCUCAGUGGAGGAGUCUGCUGGCUUGGUGGGUCUCACGUUGCCCCAUCAGCCUGGAGGGAAGGGCUGGGAGCCGUGAACAUGGAGAGAGUAUCCUCGGAUGCUACAUUCAUAGGAGAACUGAAUAAUUUCUAUCAAUAUGUAUUUACCAUUAAAUUUUUUUUAAGUUUAA